AUCAGGAUUCUCUGCAUGAUACCCUAUAAUUAUAAUAGCCCAGACACUGCCAAAUACGUGAAACGCACCUGGGGAAAACACUGCAAUGUUUUGCUAUUUGUGAGUGGGGAUAUCGAUGGCGAGUUGGAACCCUAUGUGCCCGUGAUUAAUUCCACGGAUACGUGGACAUUGGUCCAACAGGGGCUAAUGCAGGCCUAUCUGUUCAAUGGCGACAAAAUCGAUUGGUUCCUCAGAGUCGAGCCCUCUAGUUUUGUAGUUGUGGAGAAUCUCCGGUAUAUGAUACACAAAAGAAAAUAUCAACCCAGUCAACCGAUAUAUUUUGGCUACGAGCUCGAGAAUAUUGUUACACAUGAGUCCUUUGUCCACCAUCAUAGUGGGUAUGUUAUAAGUCGCGAGGCCUUAAAAAGAUAUACGCUGGCAUCGAAGGAUCCUCAGAACAAGGAGUGCACUCAUUGGGAGGGAUAUGUUGAGGGUCUGGAUAUACAUCGGUGUUUGAGUUAUGCUAAUGUAACGGUAGCAGAAAGUCGGGACGAAUUUGAGCACGAGACAUUCCUGCCCGUUACAAUGGAUUACCAGUUCUUAGAUGGCUAUGAUACUAUACCCUGGCUGCGCAAAUUGUCUUAUCACAAACGAACAGAGAAAACAGUUCCCAUAUCCAGCCGCGCCAUUUGUUUUCUGGUAGAAUAUCCGCCAGAAAUGUACGAUUACUACUAUUUUGUUUAUCGAAUGAAUAUCUUUGGCAACCCCGUCCCAAACUCCAUAGACUUUAGGCCGUAAUAAAAGACUCACCUCUGGCAGCU